AUGCAAGUUCGUGGUGUUGUACUUGUAACAUUAGCCCUAUUUCUGGGUAUUGCUGCAUUAGUUCUUCAUUUAUUGGCUAUGUGUUCACCUCGUUGGAAAAUAACUAAACGAGAUCGUGAACCAACAAUGGCACCAGUUAGUUAUGGUCUUUGGCAAAGAUGUGAAUAUAUGAAUAUAACGAUAAUGAAACAAGGUAUUCCACUUGGUAUCCGACCAAAUGUUCAAAUAUGUCGACCAAAUCGUUAUAUGAGAUAUUCACCGGAAAAUUUUGAUUCAUGUUAUCAUAUUCGUCGUAAUUGUCCAGUUACUGAACCGGAAAAAUUACAUGAAGGUUGUUCAUGUCGAUAUUUACCAUCAGCAAAAGGUUUACAAUGGUUAACAGUUUUAGCUGCUAUUUUUCUUGUUCUUGGUUUACUUUCACUCUAUUUAAAAACAAUAACAUCACCACAAAAUGAUAGUGCAUUAUUAGUACUUAGUUUUGGACCAUUUAUUUGUUUUCUUUUGGCAUUACUUUUAAUGAGUACAGCAUUAAUUCUUGUUGGUGCAUAUCUUCGACGCGAUACCUAUGAAGAUUAUACAUUUCCAUUACAAACUGUACAAAAGGAUGCAAAUGAUAUGCAAGGUUUCGAUUUACAUAGUCUUCGUAAUUACGCUAAGCGUUAUGAGUCGACAUUUUCUCAUGAUAAAUAUGUUGCUGCUGAAAAUGAAUUGCGUAAUGUUGCUAAUAGUCAUUUUCAUACAACAAUUGGAUGGGCUACUGGUUUUGAAAUUAUUGCAACUGUCUUAGUAUUUUUUGUUACUGGAUUAACAAUUUUAUUGUUAAUGGCAUCAAGAUCAGAUGAUGUUUAA